AUGCAGGAUCAUACAGUGUGUGCUAGAGCAGAUGGCCUUACCCUUUACUCUGCAGCAAUGAACGGCCAUGUGGAGGUGCUGCGACUUCUGCUCGACAAACCAGCUGAUCUAAAUAUUCCAAAUAACUCAGGAAUGACUCUGCUUAAUUCUGCUGCAGAGAGUGGCCACCUGGAGGUGGUGCGACUUUUACUGGACAGGGGAGCUGAUAUAACUGUGACCAACAGUAGUGGAUGGACUCCACUUAAUUCUGCUGCAGAUAGUGGCCACCUGGAGGUGGUGCGACUUCUACUGGACAGGGGAGCUGAUCUAACUGUGACCAACAGUAGUGGAUGGACUCCCCUUUUCGCUGCAGCAUUUAGUGGCCAUCUGGAGGUGGUGCGACAUUUGCUGGACAAGGAAGCCGAUCUUACUGUGCCUACCAAUGAUGGCUGGACUCCCCUUAGAGUUGCAGUAGACAAUGGUCACCUGGAGGUGGUGCGACUUUUGCUGGACAGGGGAGCUGAUCUCACUGUAGCCGGCCCUGAUGGCUGGACUCCCUUUAGUGCUGCAGCAGAGAGCGGCCAUCUGGAGGUGGUGCGACUUCUGCUGGACAGGGGAGCUGAUCUGACUGUGGCUACCAGUGAUGUUCGCCCCCCCCUUAGUGCUGCAGCUGAGGGUGGCCAGCUGGAGGUGGUGCGAUUUCUGCUGGGCAAGGGAGCUGAUCUGGCUGUGGCUACCAGUAAUGGCUGGACUGCUGUUAAUUUCGCCGCAGAGAAUGGGCAUUUGGAAGUGGUGCGUCUUCUACUGGACAGGGGAGCCGAUCUGACUGUGGCCACCAGCAACAGCCAUACUCCCCUCUAUUCUGCAGCAACUGGUGGCCAUCUGGAGGUGGUGCGACUUUUACUGGACAGGGGAGCUGAUCUAACUGUGACCAACAGUAAUGGAUGGACACCAGUUAAUUCCGCUGCAAGAGAAGGCCAUCUAGAGGUGGUUCGUCUUUUACUCGACAGGGGAGCUGACCUGACCACCACAAACAUCUUAGGAAUGACUCCCGUCGACUCUGCAAAGGAGAAUGAACAUUGGGAGGUGGUGCAACUUCUGCUGGACAAGAGAGCCGAUCCGACUCCCACCACGGCGUACUUGGACCGCCUCCCUGGGUUUACUCUCCCCUUGGACUACUUGCCAAAGGAGUCCUUUCCUAGUGUACAUUUGCUACACAAUUUUGAACUCGGAUCUCACAAGACCAUGUGGGAAGUCUCGAUGAUGCGGAUUAUGAACAGCAUCACUGACAAACCAGACUGGGACCAAAAGAUUUUUGACGAACCUAUUACUACUAGGUGGCGGAUAGAAGUGCUUGGCAGCUCUAACGAAAUCACACCAAAAAUGAUGGACUGGGUCAUUGAUGAAUUGCGCUACAAAGCGGAAUUGUUCCAAAAAGAGGGAAUUAUUUCCGCGUUUGACGGAGAUAUAGUGAAGUCUGAUACAGCAAUUUCAGAAGAGCUUAAGAAAGCCCUGAAGGUGGCAGUGCGGCCCUUGGAGAAUAUUCCUGACGAGCAGAAGGACUAUCACCCCGGUUCUAAUCAGCAGGUAGUAGACUUGGUACACCCAUCGCUAUUUCCUCUUGUUUACGGCCGGAGCCGGAUCCUCCUGGAUGGCAAGACAGGACUUGAUGACUACUUAUCGCGUUCAGGCAAUGGUGAGGUCCUGGCUGUUCCUCCUGCCAGCACUACCGAGAGAUAUGCACACCGCGUGAGGCAAUUCCUAGAAGUCCCACUUUAUAGUCAAAAGUUUCAAUGGCUGCCUUGCGACGUCAAAUUUGAUCCGUCUUCUAAUAAGUGCCACAUUGUAUCUUAUAUUAACAACUUGCGUCCAGACAAACAUCGUGACCUCUACAAGGUUAUCGAGGAGAUAAUUUCCCAAGCCAUCCCUCUCUGGAACAUGAGUCUCACGCCUCUGUUUCAUAAUAACGUGCGGCCAAAUAGAGUCGUUCCAUCUCGUAACUACUUACCAAGGGCUACUCCGGAGCCCGAAGAGCCCGAUGAAGACUUCGACGAAAGCUGGGACGACUACCAAGAACGCUAUGUUAAUUGGUUAAACACUCUCACACUUGCUCCUCCUGAAAUUGAAGCUUUUGAUCCGUUAUUUUUCUCCGGUCAGGAACCAUUUGACCUGCAAAGUAAAUUCCGGGAUGAUGGGCUGCAAGUUAUUGUGAAGUUGGCGAAUAUUGAGCUAACACCAGAAAAACCAAAGUAUAAUGGCGGUUCAUGGCGUGCAGAAGGGCAAUUAAACGAGCACAUCUGUGCCACGGCUAUAUAUUACUACUCCAGUGAAAACAUCACGUCAACCUCCCUCGAGUUUCGCCAGCGUGUGGAAACCGACUUGGACAUGGAUGAAAAUUUAAGCUACGGUCAGGAUCAUACAGGCUGGACAAGACAGAGAGCAGACUGGUGGGAGGGAACUCUGGACAUAAGAAAGGACCUGCUUGGCAGGAGGCUUCCUUUAGAGCUCCAGGAAAUGGUCCUCCAGAAUAUGGACAACUUCCCCUUAACAAUGGACGAAGCCAAGGAACUCCGGCUGGAGCUGAUGGAGGAACAAAGGGUAUUUUCAACUGCCCAAGACGAAGAAUUCCAAUAUGGAGACUUUUAUCUCGACAAUUGA